ACAUGUUUCUCUCACAUAGAUGAGGUAGCAAACUAGUGUGGCUGAUUGUGACAUCAAGGGGAAAAUCAAAAUCAAGCAACAUGUCGAUAAACGCUGGAAUGGAGCAGUUGAUCCCCAUUGUGAACAAAUUGCAAGAUGCAUUUACCCAGUUGGGUGUCCAUAUGCAGUUGGAUUUGCCACAAAUUGCUGUGGUUGGAGGACAAAGUGCUGGGAAGAGUUCUGUUCUGGAGAAUUUUGUUGGCAGGGAUUUCUUGCCUCGUGGAUCAGGGAUUGUGACCCGGAGGCCUCUCAUCCUUCAACUUAUGAACUCCAAUGUUGAAUAUGGGGAAUUCCUGCAUUGCAAAGGGAAGAAGUUUAUGGACUUCGAUGAGAUCCGGAAAGAAAUUGAAGCAGACACAGACCGAAUCACUGGAACAAACAAAGGCAUCUCUCCCAUCCCAAUCAACUUGAGGGUGUAUUCUCCUCAUGUCCUGAAUCUGACCCUGAUUGACCUGCCUGGGAUGACCAAGAUCCCUGUAGGAGAUCAGCCAGCAGAUAUAGAGCAACAAAUAAGGGACAUGAUUUUGACCUAUGUUACCAGAGAAAGUUGUCUCAUUUUGGCUGUGACUCCUGCCAACACAGACUUGGCCACUUCUGAUGCCCUCAACUUGGCCAAAAAUGUGGAUCCUGAGGUUUUGAACUUGACAUUGAUAGACUUGCCUGGAUUGACAAAAGUUCCUGUUGGUGACCAGCCACCCGACAUCGAAAAUCAGAUCAGAGAAAUGAUCUUUCAGUUUAUUAGCAGGGAGAGUUGCCUAAUUUUGGCUGUUACACCUGCAAACGCAGACAUUGCUACCAGUGAUGCCUUGAAGUUUGCUAAGGAAGUUGAUGUUCAAGGAGUCAGAACCAUCGGUGUGAUUACGAAGCUAGACUUGAUGGAUGAAGGUACUGAUGCCCGUGAAAUCCUUGAAAACAAGACCUUACCAUUACGAAGAGGUUAUGUGGGUGUGGUAAACAGAAGUCAGAAAGACAUUGAUGGCAGGAAGGAUAUCAAGGCUGCCUUGCAGGCUGAAAGGACUUUCUUCCUCAGCCAUCCUGCAUACCGACACAUGGCAGACCGCCUUGGAACUCCCUACCUCCAGAAGGUGCUGAAUCAGCAACUAACCAAUCAUAUCAAAGACACCUUACCUUCUCUGAGAGAUAAGCUGCAGAAACAAAUGCUGUCAUUGGAGAAAGAGGUGGAGCAGUACAAGUACUUUCGGCCUGAUGAUCCAGCGCUGAAGACCAAAGCCAUGCUUCAGAUGAUCCAGCAGAUGCAGGUGGACUUUGAUCGAGUCAUUGAGGGCUCUGGUUCUGCCCAGAUCAAUACUUUUGAACUGAGUGGAGGUGCCAAAAUAAACCGGUUGUUUCAUGAGAGAUUCCCCUUCGAAAUAGUCAAGAUGGAAUUCGAUGAGAAGGAACUUCGGCGAGAAAUUGCCUUUGCCAUCAGGAAUAUCCAUGGCAUCAGAGUUGGUCUUUUCACACCUGAUAUGGCUUUUGAGGCCAUUGUGAAGAAGCAGAUUGAUCGUUUGAAGGAGCCUAGUCUGAAAUGUGUUGAUCUAGUGGUACAAGAACUAUCUAAUGUCGUCAGGCUUUGCUCCGACAAGAUGAACCGGUAUCCCCGUCUGAGGGAGGAGACUGAGCGGAUAAUCAUGAAAAAUAUUCGUGAUAAAGAAGUGGUGUGCAAGAAACAGAUUCUUCUCCUCAAUGACUCUGAAUUGGCAUACAUGAACACCAACCAUGAAGAUUUUAUUGGCUUUGCUAAUGCUCAACAGUCUGCAGAGAACUCAAACAAGACUGGCAAGCGACUGGGAAACCAGGUGAUCAGGAGAGGUUGGAUUUGCAUCCACAACCUUGGCAUCAUGAAGGGUGGCUCCAGGGACUAUUGGUUUGUCCUCACAGCUGAAAGCCUUUCAUGGUUCAAGGAUGAAGAGGUAGUUCCUGUCUUUUAUGCUCGUACUCAUUUUGGGAUCAUGUGGAUUCUUUCAGGAAUAGCUCAUGAUGUGUUUCCAUUGUGUGCAUCUCAGGAGAAGGAUAAGAAGUAUAUGCUACCAUUGGAGAGCUUGAGAAUUCGUGACAUCGAGCAAGGCUUCAUGUCCCGUCGGCAUAUGUUUUGCCUCUUUAAUCCUGACUCCAAGAAUGUCUACAAGGACUACAAGGUUUUAGAACUCAGCUGUGAAACCCAGGAUGAAGUAGACUCCUGGAAGGCAUCUUUCCUUCGGGCUGGUGUUUAUCCAGAGAAGUCCAACGUUUCCAAUGGAGAGGAUACUGGAAUGCAGGAAGGACAUUCUUCUAUGGAUCCAAACCUCGAACGGCAAGUGGAAACCAUUCGUAACUUGGUGGACAGUUACAUGAAAAUUGUCUCAAAGACAACACGUGAUCUCGUCCCAAAAACCAUCAUGCAUCUCAUCAUCAAUGACACCAAAACCUUCAUCAGUGGUGAACUUCUUGCAGGGCUUUAUCAAUGUGACCAGACCCAAAUGAUGGAAGAAAGUCCAGAGGAAGUCAGGAAGCGAGAUGAGAUGUUGCGCAUGUACCAUGCUUGCAAGGAGGCCCUGAAUAUCAUAGGAGACGUUUCACUUACCACCGUAUCAACUCCUGUCCCUCCUCCAGUCAAGGAAGAAUGGAUCAAACCUGAGGAGAGCGUCCCAAGGCCUUCUCCUCCGUCGCCAGGAGCUGGGUUGAGGCGAGGUCCAUCAAAUCGCUCUGCACCACCUGUUCCUGCCUCCCAGGUAGGACCUCGCCAGCCACCUGUGCCCAACAGGGCUCCUCCAAGUGUCCCACCCUCCAGGCCUGCUCCUGUUGGUGUGGCAUCUAAUGUCCCCCUUCAGCCACCUCUCAUCCCCACCCGACGCUAACUUUCAAGACAAGGUGGUGGUGCACCUGGUGGGCUGGGAGGUGCCAUCCAGCAACGAGUUCAACAGGAGGCCACCAAGAUGGCUGUGAAUGCUGCUGCUAAUGAACUCAUGCAUACUUUUGGCUUUGGGAAGAAGUAAAGCUGCAAAGCAUGAUAGCACUCACUACCAAGAACAGUUGUAUAAGGAUCAUCUCAUGUAUAAGUAUCUCUCUAGUAUCCAAAUGCUUGUUGGGAAUCAUAGAUUUUACUUUUAUUUCCAUGAAGAUCAUGAUGCUACUAAAAGCAUGAAAAACAGUUACGUGGAUAUAUUUAUCACUGCAUAGGAGCUUUUUUAUGCUUACCUUCAGAUCCUUCUUGUUCCAUAGACAAUGUCCUCCUGCAUCAGUUAUGUCUCAGCUCCCAUAGCAAUAAGUUAAGUAAAUCCACCUCAGCUCAAGGUAGUAAUCACAGGUGUCAGGGAGUUGGAGCUUUUGAGAGAGGAAGAUUAUGCAAAAAAAAAUAUUUUUCACAUUCAUUCCAUUAGUACCAUCAUUCCAUCCAGUGGCAUGACAUGGGGGAGACCCCAUUGACAUUUGCAGGGAUACUGCUCCUUCAGAUGUAAAAAAUUUUUUACCUCCAAUCAAGCUAAUUUGUCAUUCCAUUGAUACCAUCAUUCCAUCAUUGGCAUAGCAGGGGGGGAUGGGGAGAAGAUUCUUUAUCAAUAUUUGCAAGGAUACUGCACCUUCAAACUUAAAUUUAAAAAAUAUACUUACCAAGCUUAAUUUCUAUCUAAUGCUACAGAUUUGAAUAGAAAUGCAUCUGUAUAGCUUUGGAGAUCUGUCUCCUUUGUUAUAAAAAAUUUAGUAUAGGCUGCAACUAGCCUCUCACUACAUCCAACUGAAAAAAGUACUAUGUGAGGAUAUUCUGUUAAUAUUCUUUCCUUUUUGCUAUCUGGAGUGGCUGUCAAUAUCCAGUCAAUGUCAUAGUCAUUAUUCACACCCCUUACCCACCAAACUUUCAGGUUCUGAUUGCAAAUCCAAAUGGUGAUGCCCCAAAGCACUACAUAACAUUAAUACAUUAGGUGAACAAAUGGAAGUACUGGAUCUAAAACUCUGAAUUUAGGCAGGUUCUGGGAUCCAAAAUGGUGGUAACUCUGAAGUGAAGCUAAAUAAUAAGUUUUCAAUAAAUUGCAUCAUGGGUUGGUAUGCAUCUAUUUAUCUGUAUGGGCUCAUAGUUGGAUUCAAUCAUGCCUCAUUAUACAAGUUGAGAAAGGCUGUUAAACAUCAUGCUUGCCCUUUUCAGAUUGCUGAUUUUUGUAUUCAGUUAGGCUCCCCCUCCCCCCAAGCAAUAGAUGUAGUUUCUGCAAAAGUGAGACACCUGGUUAUGCCACUGAUUCCAAUUGUUAAUGGGAUAAUUCCAUUCCUGUUAAAGUGAGAGCAAAUUAAUAGAGAAAACUGUUCAUCACCUGACUGCAAGUUUCUUUGUAGGGAGACUGCUCAAAGUGUCUCCUCUUUCUUUGUAAACUAGAGAAAUGCUAAGCCAUCUUCAAGGAUGGAGACAUGUUCAGCAAUAAUACAGUCAUUAUAUCUGAGAGUGUGCUGAAAGGUAGUGGUGAGGUCUGUGUAUCACCUCAUCAGAUUGCAGUCUCUCCCUAAAGUUUGUAUGGGAGAAAAUACAUUUUCUGCAAAUUUUUGCUAAAAAUUACUUUCCCUCCCUCCCCCCUCCUGCCCAUUUGCCUCUUUUGAGAGUAUUCCUUGCCCCAGGCACUUCCACAAAAUUCAGGAGUUAACCCUCAUAUCAGCAAUAACUAAGUUUAAAAAUCUCUUGGAUGAUCUGGUUGAAAUACCCUGUCAUUAUCAGUUAUCACUGAGACUCUGAUGUGAGUGCUGCCUAUCUUGUUUGGCCCUUGAGAGUCCUUGUCUUGGAGAAUCCUUCGUCCUUGCACAUGUAUGUUGGUCCUGUUAUUGUUGAGUUUCAGUCACAUGAUCUGUUGACAUGUCAAGUGCUCUUGUCUGAAGCCAUGAAUGCUUAUACAGUACUAUUGGGAGUCUUGCCCACUGUCCUCUAUUCAUCUGAAUCUCUGUGAGUAGCAUCUGAAGUGUAGGUGAUUGAAGCUACCAGUGUAGAAGAGGAACACGUGAAAGUGUUUGCCGUUCAUAUGUCCUUUUAUGUUUUUGCUUCCAGUAGGCCCCCUCGUCGUUCAAAAAGCCUGCGUGGGCAAGCUGAAUUCUGGCACUUUGAUAGAGGUAGAGUGAUUGUAAACCCAUUGAAGCCCAGCAGACACAAUUUUUCAAGGUACUCCACCCAUUUUUAGCUCGUAUCAGCAUUGGUGAAUGGCUGUCAACUCAUUUCAGCUUCAAGGUACUUUUGGCAACCAUAUUUAUCUCCUGGAGGUAGUGAACAGUAUUAAAAUAUUAGGUCAGGUAUUGUGAGA